GUCUGUGAGUCAAGUGUGUGUGGAAAAAUCACUGAUCUUCAGAAGUAACACCCCUUACCGUACUGACACCGUGGCUGUCCCUGGCGGACACGAUCUGUUCUGUGUGCAGCUGGAGGACUCAAAGCUGAACUAUUUCCAGCAGCCAGAGGACAUCAAAGAAUCUGAUUUUCUGAAGCUCUUGGAGAAGUAUGGCAGGCAUUCUUUCCUAGCACCGUCACAAGUCCCACCAUCUUUCUCUGCCUUUUACCAGGCUGGUGAUCCAGUCCUAAUCUACUUUGAGUCAUCGUCUGUGCUGAGCACGCUAAGGCAGCCAGUAAAAAUGGGAGCCAGUGGACUUUGUGCUGAUGGAAAUCCUGCUGGCUUCCUGGACAGUAAAAGUACAAGCUGUACUCGGAUUUUUGCCAACUUGAGCAAGAGCUGCAUUGCUGACCCUGCCCUAGAUGCUGCCUCCUACUACCGUGACUUUGCUGUCCUAAAGGUCCCAGUCAAUGACACCAUCGUGCAGUCCAUGAAGGUGAACAUCACCGCAGUGUCACCACCCGGAGCCCCCCACAUGAAGGACAACACCUGUAACAAUGCUGUUUCUGAGGUGAUCUACGAGAUCGAAUUCAGUGGCACACAUGGGAUUCGGAGUGUUUCUGUCCGGUUCAAAGUGAGCAACAUCUCUGGGGACCCGGGAUCCUCUUUGCAGCAGCACUUCACUCUGCGCUUCUGGACCAGAACUCUUUCUCACACCUUGCCUAGAAGUGGGAACCCUGGCUAUAUCACUGGAGCACCCCUGUUGAUGGCAAACAGUGAUGGCAUGCAGCACAUGAGCAUUUUACGCAGCGAAGGCGAUGGAAGUUGCUCGCAGCUCCUCAGACACACAGUACAAUUUGGAAGAAAUAUGAGGACAGGCUGCAAGUUCAGCCUAUCCCCAGUACUGGAAGAAAGGAACUGUAGUUACAUCCAGCAGAAGUUGUACGAGGCUCUUCAGGGGAUGGACAGAGCAGAGGCCCUGGCUGUAACAGGCAGUGCUCGCUUAGCCCAGGCAAAAGAGUGGACGGCGGUUCUGAGCCAGCACUGCAGUGUGCAGGCUGUGAAUUGCACUUCCUGUUGCAUGGUUCCUGUGACUCUGGAGAUAAGGAUAUUGUGGGCCAAGGUGGGCCUCCUCUCCAACCCACAAGCUCAGAUACUGGGCGCACAGUACUUUUACCAGUGUCACCACCUGAAGUUCCUAAGCCCCAGCACGGUACCUUUGACAACUGUUGUCACCUUCACCGACAUCACAGAGUACCCAGAACCUCCUCGAGGUCAGCCCCAAAAGCACUGGAAACUCCCAUUUGACAUCUUCUUCCCAUUCAAGGUGCCACUGAAUUUUGAAAGAAGCUACAGAGGUGAUCUGGUUGGCUGCUUGUUGUUGCUCCUAAUACUGUUUAGUGUUCUUUGCUUUUGA